AUGGAGGCGACUGGGCUUGUCGUUGGCGUUGCCAGCCUGUUCGGCACCUGCAUGGAUGUUCUCGAAAAGGUAGAUUCCUACCGCGAUUUGGGCGUCGAUAAGCCCGCCGCGCGGGGCCGCUUCAACGCGGACGAUCUCAUGCUUAAGCGCUGGGGCGAAGCCCUGGAGAUGCAUGGCGGCCGCAUCCUGCCGGACUGUCCCAGCAGGCCCCUGGCUGAUGCGGAGGUCCAGAUCAGGAAGAUCAGAGAGGAUGUACCAGAUAAUCGCAUGGGCACAAACUCAAACAGAAUCCCAGAUCCUGUCCCAAACAGUGCGCUCAAAGCUACGUCUUUUUACAUGGACCAGCAAGCUCGCGGCAAGACGAUGGUCGGAAUCGACGAAGCUCGCGAGAUCAUGACUAGGAUGAUCAUCGAGAUUUUCAGGGACAUGCACAGGGGUAAGUCAGACAGCUACAACGGAGAUGCACUUGAAUAG